AUGGCGCCCAGAAAACCCUCGAGCACAGCGGAGGUCACACUCGUGCCUUUGAAGAACUGUCUAGUGAACUUGCCUCCGUCACUUGUCUCACUGCUGGUCAAUGCCAACACGGCUGCACAAAAUGUCAUAGUUGAGCUACAAUAUCGUCCCGCUUCGGGGAGGGCAAACAGCAACCAGGCGCAGCGAUCAUUUUACCUGGGAUGGACGGGAAUGCCGAGCAAGCGAAAGCUUGCACCCGUCGUUGGUCGAGAAGGAAUUAGUAGUGGACCUACGAGGGAGCUGGACGUAUCUACUGUUGAGGUAGAUACCACGUUCGGAAGAGUGGUGGGCCUCUCAGAAGGGCAGAAGGUUGGGAUAUAUAUUCACCUUGAUCCGCCAGUUGCCCACACCAUUAAUAUCGAGCCAUUAACUCCGGAAGAUUGGGAGAUUAUUGAGCUUCAUGCGAAUUUCCUGGAGCUCAAUCUCCUGUCGCAAAUCCGCGCUCUCCCCAAUCCUACGUUCAGCUCGGCACAGUCAGAGCACAUGCAUCCCCUUGCGCUGCACCUUUCCCCGACAUCCACAGCUAACAUCGUCAUUACCUCGCUUACUCCCGCACCAUCGAAUACAUCACCAUUUGCGAAAAUAGCACCUGACGCAGAAGUUAUUGUUGCGCCAAAGGUACGCCCUAAAUCUGCCUCCAGAGGUCCAAGGGGCGAUAGCCGAAGCGUGAACGGCAGCAGCAGGAAAAGUGUCGGUGGGAGAAGCAGUGGAAGCACGGUGCGACCCAAGAGCGGCCGUGACUCGACAAGUAGAGGCGCUCUCUUUUUUCGAGGGGUGGAUCGCCGCUUGGUUGAGCCGUACUUCGAUGGAGAAUUCGAGGAUGAUGCCAACGAGGGCUUCCGCGUGUGGGUCGACCCCGACAUGCUUGCAACAAGUGAGCUUCGUGGGGCCAGCUGGGUCUGCAUUACUGUUGUCCAACCUGCUGGAUUGAAGGCGCCACCGGAUCCCCAACAACAAAUGAACCAAGCAGAGCAGAAGGCAAGCGAAGCAGGGGCGCCGGCGACAAAACUGGUGGUGAGGUUAGCGCCCUGGGUAGACUCGCCAGACAGUCAGCAUAUCGCCAUGUCUACUAUGCUAUGCUCCGCGCUGGGCGCUGAGGGUAUGGUUGGGGGCAUCAUUCGUGUUGAAGCAGCUCCUCCGCAGUUGCAACGGUCUAUUGUCAGAACUCUUAAGAUAUACCCUUUCAUGUCUGAUUCUACUAAGAAAAAGGACGGGCUCAAAUUUGGCGCAGACACUGCAGCCGCAAAAGAUGCGCUGCUUGAGCGUAUCAAAGUGAUAUAUGGUAGCACGGGGACGGAUAAAGGGCUGUUGUCUGGCCCUUUAACCGACGGGAUGAUUCUACCAAAACUCGAAAAUCCAGCGGUGUCCGCGUUUGAUGGCGCUAUUGUCCGAUUUGAUCCUCCCUUGAAGAACAGUCCUGAUGGCCCCAAACAGAUGCUUGGAUGGGUUUUGGGGUCCGAAGCGAAGUUACCGCUAGAGGUGCAAGCUGAGAUUCCCAGGCCUGAGCAAGGCCAAUUGUCCUUACCCACCGAGGAGCCGCUUCCCAGCAGUAUUCCCGAGAUGGUUGGUAUCGACCAGGUUAUUUCUCAGUCCCUUGAGAACUUGACUAAAUCAUCUUCUGUCUUGGUGACGGGCGGUCUCGGGUCAGGAAAGACAGCAUUAACGCAUUUGCUGGCACAUCGUCUGCGAAAAGACCACUUGUUCAACGUGAAAUAUUUUUCUUGCCGUAAACUUGUCACUGAUGAAACUCGAAUCUCGAAUAUCAAGGAGACCCUCAAUCGCUUGUUCAUGUCUGCUUCUUGGUGCGCUCGUCUUGGCGGGCAGUCCGUUGUGAUUCUGGACGAUCUCGACAAGCUAUGCCCUGUGGAAACUGAGCUGCAGGUAGGAGGAGACAAUGGCCGCAGCCGUCAAAACAGCGAAGUCAUCUGUUCGAUGGUGCGAGAACACUGCUCAAUGAACUCUUCCGUGGUGCUGUUAGCGACCGCUCAAUCGAAAGAGUCGUUGAACAACGUCAUCAUCGGGGGCCAUGUAGUCCGAGAGAUCAUCCACCUGAGAGCACCUGACAAGGAAGGACGGCGCAAAGUGCUUGAGAAGCUGACGAGCCAUGAUCGAGCCUCCAGCAGCCUCACCAAUGGACAUGCGCGAACGGCGAGCGCGUCCACUCAAGACUCCUGGUUAGAUCCUUCGAAUCCUGGCAGCCGUCCGAGCUCCGCUGGAGCAGAUGGCUUUGUUCUCGCACGAGACAUCGAUUUUCUCGAUCUGGCUGGGAAAACAGAUGGAUACAUGCCCGGCGAUCUGGUCUUGCUUGUCGCUCGGGCGCGGAAUGAGGCUCUGAUACGGUCCGUGCAAGAUCCUCAGGCCGCUUCCAAAGCAGUCACUCUCGGUGCUGAGGACUUUGAGAACGCCAUUAAAGGGUUCACGCCGGCGUCUCUGCGCAAUGUCACGCUCACAUCCUCUACCACAACAUUCUCAGCUAUUGGUGGUCUGCACGAGACCCGGAAGAUGCUGCUGGAGACCUUGCAGUACCCGACCAAGUAUGCGCCUAUCUUCGCGCAAUGUCCUCUGCGUUUGCGUUCUGGCUUGCUCCUGUACGGCUUUCCGGGAUGCGGGAAGACGCUUCUGGCUAGUGCGAUAGCAGGCGAAUGUGGCCUGAACUUCAUUAGCGUCAAGGGUCCCGAAAUCCUGAACAAGUAUAUCGGUGCGAGUGAGAAGAGUGUGCGUGACCUGUUUGAACGAGCCCAGGCCGCCCGACCGUGCAUUCUCUUCUUUGAUGAAUUCGACAGCAUUGCUCCCAAGCGUGGCCACGACUCCACCGGCGUUACGGAUCGUGUUGUCAACCAGCUUCUCACACAGAUGGACGGUGCGGAAGGUCUUUCAGGCGUGUAUGUUCUCGCUGCCACCUCUCGGCCUGACCUGAUUGACCCUGCGUUGCUCCGGCCCGGACGAUUAGACAAGUCUCUGCUCUGCGACAUGCCAAGUCAUUCGGAUCGGGUCGAUAUCAUUCGAGCUGUAAGUACAAAGCUUGUGAUGGACGCCGAGGUUGUUGCUCGCAUGGACGAAAUAGCUGCAAGAACCGAGGGCUUCUCCGGAGCUGAUCUACAAGCUGUCGUGUAUAAUGCCCACCUAGAAGCUGUCCACGAUGCACUUGGCGACCAUUCAGGAACAACCGACAAAUCAACAACAAAGAGCAGUUCCAAGCCUACAUCGAGCACAAGCAGCAAGUCAUUCAUCCAGUUCCUGUACUCGACGUCGGAGCAAAGAGCUGGCGGGGUCUCUCUACCGCCACCAGCUGUCGUAGCUGCCAAAAUCGAAGCCAUCAAGAACGCUCGACGUCGCCAACGACAGAUCGAGCAGGGGACAGCUAGUGCUGCACCGACUGCAAAUGGGGCUACUUCUGAAGAAGCGCCGCGUGAAGAGAUCGUGGUCCGAUGGGAACACAUGGAACGAUCCCUUUCCACCACACGCUGCUCACUCAGCGAGAAUGAACGCAGGCGAUUGCAAGCAAUAUAUCGUGAGUUCGUGGAGGGACGUAAUGGCGAAAUGCCGAAUGGUGAAGCAGGUCGGGAGAUCGGUGGGCGGACGAGCCUGAUGUAG